UGUAACUGUAACGGCCACUCCAGCACGUGCCACUUCGACAUGGCGAUGUAUCAGGCCACAGGAAAUGUGAGCGGAGGAGUGUGUGACGACUGUCAGCACAACACCAUGGGACGCAACUGUGAGAUGUGCAAACCCUUCUACUACCAAGACGCUUUCAAAGAUAUCAGGGACCCACAAGUCUGUGUUGCCUGUGACUGCGACCCGGAUGGUUCUCAGAAUGGAGGGAUGUGCGACAGCCACACAGAGCCCUCCCUUGGCAUGGUGGGAGGUCAGUGCCGCUGCAAGGCCAAUGUGGAGGGGCCGCGCUGCGACAAGUGUAAGACCGGCUACUUCGGCCUGAGCGCUGAAAACCCUCAGGGCUGCCAACCUUGCCGCUGUGACCCCCGAGGAACAGUGUCAGGUCGCUCCCAGUGUGACCCCGUCAGUGGAGACUGCUUCUGCAAGCGUCUCGUCACUGGACGCAGCUGUGAUCAGUGUUUGCCUGAACACUGGGCUCUGAGCCACGACCUGAACGGCUGCCGGGGCUGCGAGUGUGACAUCGGAGGAGCCCAUGACAACCAGUGAGUGACGCUGUAGCUUAAGUCAG